GAUCGACUCUUAGAAAAAUGACGAAGAGAAAGAAAAGGACGAUCUUUCUUAAAAGUUUCUUUCGAGUUUCUGAAUACAUCGUAAUUCUAACGAGAUAUUCACUCGUUAUUUCUUACGUUACGAUCGACAAAGAUAAAGGUAAUCGUCUUCAGACAAGAUGACGCAGCAUACGAGAAUGAUGCUCGACGAUCUUUCCGCAAGCUUUGUUCGAAAGUUCUUAGUACAUCGUGAUUUCAAGGAUAUUUUUGUUAACGAUUUCUUACGUUUUACGAGCUUCAAGGAUAAAGAUGAUCGCCUUCAGGACGAGAUGAUGCAGCACACGAGGAUGAUACUCGACGAUCUUCUGUCCAAAUUUCUUAAUACAUCGCGACUCCAAGGAUAUUCUUGCUGAGGAUUUCUUACGUUGCACGAGUCUACAAGGUUAUAGAUGAUCGCCUUCAGGACGAGAUGAUGCAGCACACGAGGAUGAUACUCGACGAUCUUCUGUCCAAAUUUCUUAAUACAUCGCGACUCCAAGGAUAUUCUUGCUGAGGAUUUCUUACGUUGCACGAGUCUACAAGGUUAUAGAGAUUAACUUCACUCUGCCUUUCAACAACGAUCACGUGGGACUUGAAUAUAUUUCUUGGAGUAGGAGAACCCCGUUAACGAGCGUAAUCCGUUCUUUGACGUGAGCAACGAACGGGUACGAUGACGCAGUUACGAUCGAUUUUGCGAUUCGAAAGCUUUCAAACUGGUCCUGAAAAAAAAUACUGAUUUAUGUCAGCCGAAUAGAGUCAAGAAAAACUAUCCAUCGAUAGAUGAAGAGUUAUUAAUUAUUGAUUGUGCCUACAAAAUGGAUACAAGCCGAUUAAAAAAUCAUGUCAUCUUCAAGAUGGAUAUAUCUGCAAGAGAGAAACAAUUUAGAAAAAACGACGAGUAUUGUUCCUUGAUACUUUAAGAUUGACUAAUCUUUGACGGAGAUCGAAGAAAUCUUUUUAAAAAGGAAAUAAAAAAAUAGAGAAGAAACUAAAGGGCAUGUUUACCAAGGAGAUAUUAAAGAGAAACAUCGUAGAAACAACCAAGGAAGAAUAUAAUGGCACUGAAUAAAAUUGACAGAAAUGACGAUGAUAUCUCGACGAGAUUAAGAGAAAUAUAUAUAUAUAUAUAUAUAUAUAUAUAUAUAUAUAUAUACACACUCACACACACACAACAUUUCAAGAUAGCUUCGGUCGCUAGCUACCCCCGAGGGCGUUGGCAAAUAAAAUAAGAUCAAAGAAAGAAAUAGAAAAAAGGAAAGAGGAAAAUUUGAAUGUGGGUGGUUCGUUGAUAGAAGAAAGAAGAGUUUAAACAAAAAUAUUAAGUAAUGUCGUCCUCGUUGAUGAAGUCCGAGGAGCCUGGUGGCUCAGAAUUAAAAUCAGCAUCGAUAAUAUUAAUGAAAGAAGAGACAGAAACGACAGGAUUCGACGAAGUUCUUACGAUAUUGUCCUUGUGAAAAUUCCUUCUUUUAUUUCCGUUAAAGUCUUCUCCUUUUUCUUGGUUUUGUUUUCUUUUUUUAUCUUUUUUCCUCUUCUCCUUUAUCUCUAUCUAUCUUACUCUGCAUCCUUUCUAUACACUUUAACAAGUACUUCAAAAAGGCUCUUCGAAAGAAGCAACAUCGACAUCGACGAUUGAGAGACGCAACAGGGACGUAAAAAGUUUUCGUCAUCUUGCUCUCUCUCUCUCUCUCUUUCUCUCUCUCUUUCUCUCUCUUUUUCUCUCUCUCUCCCUUCCUCUGAGCAGUCCUUUAUAUUCUUUCUUCUUUCUUCGACGUCGUUGAAAGUGGACAGCCGUCAGGAUGUUGCCCGCCAACGUGAUGUCCUUCAUGAAAAAGAUGGUGACGACGCAAUCGGAAUCAGGUACGACCGGUGCUGUUACACCGGAAGAGAGUGGAACAACAUUCAGCAAGUUGCGACAACUGGGUAGCGGAUUAAUGAUGGUAACGGGAAACGUCACAAAGUUGGCCCCAGCUAAAGUAACCCCAGUCGAGGAGAUACAACCAAAAGAAGAUACCAUCGAUGCUAUUAUAAAAAAGCCUGAGGCAGGAAGUAAAACGAGCAGCGGUGAAGAAUGUAGAGUUUGCCGGAAAUCCUUUGGACCGGAAGAAGCUUCGAGGACUUGCUGCGAAUGUCAACACAAAGUUUGCGAGGAUUGUGCAUCGUACUCGACGACAACGAAUUCAGACGAUCAGUCAUCUUGGAGAUGCAGCGUUUGUCGUCGAAAGAUUGCCUCAAGGGACCAGCCAAUUGUGACGCAAGAGUCAACAGAUUCUCUUCUCGAAGUACCGAUUCUUGAAGCAUUGCAAAGAAGACAUAGCGAUGCAAGACUCGGUUGUCAAAGUGGCAGUCAACUAGGUGGUAUUGGAAGUGGCUUGGCACCACCAAGAAGCCCAGAAUUACGAAGACACUCUGAUGUAUCGCCUGCCAGCUUGAAGGAACUCGAAAAGUUUCGAAAGGUUGCAGGGGAGCGCCGAGAGGAUCUAAAAUGGGAGAGAGAUCUCGAUCGUAAGAGUAAAUCUAGAGGUGGAUCACCGGACCGUCAUCAAGCGGAUAGAGGAAGAGGAACGAGUCCUCAGAGGGUCGUCAAGAGUUCUCAGCCUACAGUAGAAUCGGAAAUGGCGGGUUCAGGUGACUUGGAUGAUGAAGAGGAACGAAGACGACGUGCCCGUCGUAGUAGUAGUGCAGUCCGUCGUAAAUCUUUUGUGACAAGACAAAGAUCUUACGACGACGAGAUCAAACCAGCUGGGACAAUGGCCGGAAGUACUAGUCAGUCUCCACAUCCGGAUACUGGCCUUGGACUUCCGGUACAAUUGCCAAGACGUGCUUCGGCCUACGACGUUUACACGCCACCCGGAAGUGCUGGCUUGAACGCGGCCGCCAUUGCUUCGGCUCAACAAAGGGCCUCCAUUUCGGCUCAAGGUGCUCGUGAACCGGAAGACAGACCAAUUACACGUAGGGCAUCAUUUCGCACGGUGAAACCAAUGUUACCAUACGAGGUUGGUGCUGAUGAAGAGAAAAUCAUUAACAUGGAUCCAACACCGGUUCCUGUGGUCCAACAAACAGUAACACAAUCGCCUGUUUUAAUACCUGACGAGGAAAGACGUUCCAGACGAAGAGGAUCACAGUUACCAGACAUAAACGCGAUAAGGGCACUAACAUCAGCUCCAGGAUCAGUCAAAGCCGCACAACCAGCUGCCGUCAGCAGAGUCACAACAGAGGAACGUGACUUACCUAGACAAGGUAGUCUCGUUGAUGGGGAGGGCAUUAAGAUCGUUAUUCAUGACGUCGACAGUGAUCUAGUGCCACGAGUGAACACGAAUAGAAGAGUGAAGCUGAGGAGAGACCCGGUCAUGGACAAAGGACACAGAACACGCGGUUUUGGCAUGAGAGUUGUGGGCGGGAAAACAGGAGCCGACGGUCGUACUUUCGCAUAUAUCGUUUGGACCGUUCCCGGUGGUCCAGCUGAAAAAGCUGGACUCCAGCAAGGCGAUAAGGUAUUAGAAUGGUCAGGUGUAUCCUUGAUCGACAAAAGUUUCGAGGAAGUUGCACAAAUCAUUGAACGUACCGACGAUAUCGCCGAACUCGUCGUCGAACAUGCAACAGAUAUUGUAGGUGAUUUACUGGACGAUCCUGGAAUGAUAUCGUCUUCUGGAAAAACAUCCAACAUGGGUCUUUUAAUGGAAACCGAAACGGACAAAACACCGUCCUCACCGACGCGCAGGAAACUGCCAAAAACGCCGGAACAAAUCGCAAAAGAGAGACAAGUGACCGGCCGUGUCCAGAUUCAAGUAUCCUAUGAGAACGAACGUAAAGAGCUGAUCGUCUCAGUAUUCACUGCUGAUGAAUUAUGUGCCAGAGAAGAUACUGGUUACGGAACGUUACCCGAAGCAUAUGCCAAGUUGAUUCUAGUCCCAGCUUGGUACGUUCAACAUACGAUACGCGAUCAAGCCACGUUGAAAACUGUGGUGGCUGAGCCAACCCAAAAUCCAAUAUGGAAUUCAACCUUAUUGUUUCCUGGUGUUGACGGUGAAAGUCUGAUGGAUAGAGCGAUCGAAGUAUCUCUUUGGGAUUAUUGUCCUGAGGGUGAUAACGUUUUUCUCGGUGAAUGUACGGUUGAUUUACAAAAAGCAUUGGAAAAUGAUCGUGCCGUUUGGUAUCGAUUGGAGGAUCCACGAGGUCUUCGUUCUGGUAAAUCGCCAUAUUGUUCGCCACGCGGUUCAUUGUCGAUGGAAGUCGCACAAAGAUUCUUAAGAAAGAACGAACUACGUGAGAGAAGUUACAGCGACGAUACACAGAGCGACAGCGGAAGUCCUGAACUUUGUUUCUUACAUCCCGAUCAUGCUUGGCACGUAAAUUCGAGACGUGGCUCCAGCCAGUCGGAACAACUCGAAGUCGAGCCCUAUGAACUUAAUAGGGAUUACAGUAGAUCUUUGCCUGGAAGUCGUCGAAGUAGUUUCCAAAGUCAAUGUGGAACUGAUAGUAAACGUGGAAGUAUGGGUGAGGCAGAUAUGCCGAUCGUCGUACAUUAUAAUCGCGAACGACGACGUAGCUCUUGUACGAGACAGAUGAGAGAUCCUGAAGAAAUAUUAGAAGGCCUUCGUACUUUGAAAGCCGCUAAGGGUGAAUUAAACAGAACUAUGAGUCUUACCGGAGAUAAAAGACGCGGAAGCCGUGAGUAUAAACGGCGGGGUGAGCGCAAAGAGAGCAUCAUGGAUAUUCCUGAAAGAUUCUUGGAUCGAAGUAGUGAAUCGGAUGAGGACGAUAAAUGGAGUCUGGCAGCUAAAACUGAGAAUGGUCUCGACUUGAAGCUAGGACGAGGUCAAGUUCUACCGAAAGGCUUCAAAAUGAUAAGUGGUCCACAAUACGGCGAAGUGAAAUUAGGUUUUUGUUUGAGCAAGGGUACUCUCGAGGUUGAAGUUAUCUGCGCGAGGGAUAUCUGCCCAAAGGAAAAGGAUGAACCCGAUACUUACGUGAAGACGUAUUUACGAGACGGUGAAAGAUGGUUGCAGAAAAGAAAGACAAGAGUUAUUCGACACACACGUAAUCCUCAAUAUCGUCAGACCUUGAAAUACAACAGUUGCGAUGCCCUCGGUAGAAAUCUUUUAAUAAUGUUGUGGGCAAAGAAACAAGGAUUUGAGAGUAAUCAAGGUUUGGGUGGAGCCGAAGUGAACCUUGAACUGUUGCCAUUAACUCGUUUGACCGUAGAUUGGUAUACUCUCUUCCCGAUCCAUACGUUAGGCACACAAACAGCAGACUCGCCAUGAUGGCUAAGGGAAAAAUGGGCUCUCGAAGCUGGCGAACUUGACCUCAGAUUGAGUCUUUUACUCAAAGAUGAGGGCGAGUCCGUCGUUAAGAUCAUCUCUUGAUGGAAAUCCGGGCUAAUUGUAUCUUACAAACGAGAAAAUUUUAUUUUUCGUGUUCAUUUUCUGAUUAAUAUUUAUUUUAUUUAAAGGAUCACUGUGAGUUAGCAAUGAAAAUUAUUUUCUUUUUUUUUUCUUUCUUUUUUUUUUUAUGAAAUUUAAUAAAGAAUGAAUAUACGAUAACCUUAAAUUUAAUAAUCAGUACGGGCCUAAAGUUGCUAGAUGAUUUUAAUAAAUGGAAAUCUUUCGUCAACGACUUUUUAAGACUAAUUUUAUUAAGAAAAAAAAAAAAAAGAUCGAACGAGCUAGGCUUGUUUGCGAAUUUGCGAUCUGUAAGAAAAGGAAAAAGUUAGUACUUGAAAAAUCUUGAAGAGGAGUAAAUUAUUUUUUAAAUCGUCUAAUAACUUUUAAAUCAUCUAAGAGGACUUUUGAUGCCCAUUUUAUUUAUAUAUACAUAUAAAUAUAAAUCCAGCAGCAAAGGUUAAUGAUUUGAUCUAUUUUUUUUUUUAUGCGAAUUAAUUUUCUGCAUUUGUAUCGACAAUGACAAUCAUAUCGAGACAAUUAUUCUAUGUAGUUAAUCGGAAGAAGACAAUCAAAAUUAUGCUAAAUUUUGUCCUUUUUUUUUUUUGUUCCUUUAUUUAAAAUAUUUCUUCGCUGCUCACAGUGAUCAUAAUAAGUUAAACUUUGUAAAGUAUUAAGUUCUACGAUAAUUUUCACUAUAAUGUUGCGUCCAAUUCGUGUUCCUCUACCAAAACAACAUUGAAAAAAAAUCAACAGAUUUAUUACAAUUAUCUAAAUAAAUAAUAAUGCAGAAAAAUAUACACGCAUAUAUAUGUAUAUAUAUUAAUAAUUAAUUUUAUAUAAAUUAAUAAUUAUAUAAUUAAUUAUUAUAUACGCAUUAUAAUAAUAAUUAUUAUAUAAUAAUAUUUUUAUUAUUAUAAUUCAUUUGUGUAUGUAUAUGUGUAUGUACAUACAAUAUCGAUUAUAAUAAUUAUUAUAUAUAAUUUAUAUAUAUAAAAAAAAAGAGAAGAAACAAAUUUAUAUAAAAUUAAUCAUUUUGAAUAUUAAUAAUCGAACAAAAUCGAUCUCUGAAGCAAUAUACGUACAUAAAAAAAAAAAAAAAGAAAUGACACGUAUGAUCCAAAAUUAACACACAUACGCACACACACUGACAGACAGACAGACAGACAGACAGACAGACAGAGACAAAAAAUAAUAUGUCUAUAUAAUGGUUUCAGCAAUAAAAGCGUACCUGCGUUCAACUCGUUGUUUCGAACGACGCGCGAAUAUUAUGAUCGAUAAAAACAAUUAUUUUUCUUCCGAUUUUAUCGUAAAAAGAUUAAAGGAAAAAGAAAUAGAAAAAGGAGAAAAAAUAAAGAAAUUCAGAAAUUCAGAAAGAAAAGAAAAAUAAAAAGGAAAAAAAUGUUGUAUGGGAAGAGCGAACGUGAGCCACGUAACAUCGAUGAUCGAUCGAUGUUUAUAUAAGAUUGAACAAAAAUAUAUACAUAUAAAAGAAGUAUACAAACGAGAUACCAUUUUUCCCAAAAUCUGUAAAGGAUUAUGAAAAAAAAAAAAAUCAAAUUGAUCGAACGAUAUAAACGAAACUCGAUCGAUUGAUUUUGUAAGGCCUUAUCGAGACAUUUCUGAUUAAAUCAGUACAGUAUUUAGAUCGAGUCUCGUUGAAAUCUAAUUUUGUUCUCUAUUCCUUUUUUCUGAAUUCUUCGUAAUUUUUUAUUCUUGUUUUAUAUAAAUCUAAUGAAUAAAAAAAGGCCGAUGGAACCGUCGAUUAUAAUGACGAAUUUUUAACAUUCUCAUUAAAACAAAAUUAAAACAUUGUUUUCUUUUUUUUUUCUCUUUUCUUUUCUUUUUCUUUUUUUUUUUUUUGUUUGCUUUUUUUUUUUUUUUAAUCAUCAUCAAAGAUGACAAUCAAGAUCAUCGAGAUUUAAAACGACAGAAUUUAUUUACGAAUUGAGAAAUAAACAGACAACAAUAAGAUAGAGAAAUAAAAAAGUGAAGAACAAAAAUAAGAUAUGUAAACGAUAUCGAUGGUUUCUCGCCUUAAAUCAUUUUAAACGAAAAGACAAUCGAUUUAAUAAAUAAAAAAUAAAUAAAUAAAUAAAUAAAUAAAUAAAUAUAAUAAAUGAAGAGAAUGCUCGCUGGUCGAGUUCGAAAGACAUGGAUUAAUGAUCACAGGUGAGGGAAGAGAGUAAAAUGUGAGAAGAAGAAAAAGAAAAAGAAAAAGAAAAAGAAAAAGAAAAAGAAGAAGAAGAAGAGGAAGAAAGAAAAAGAAAAGAGAAGAGAGAAGAAGAGAAAUAAAGAAAAGACAACUAACAAAUGAAGUCGAGACUUAGCAGCCAAUUCGAGUAAUAUACAAGAAAGAAGAAAUUUGGUGUUUAGAGGUCGCACAAUUUUUUUAGUAGUUAGUACGAUAUAUCAACAUAUAGCGCAAGAAGUGUAUUAUUUGGAGGAUAGUUUGAAAAUUUGGCCAUUGCGUGUUCUUUCGAUUUGAAGAAAAAGAAAAAAAAAAAAAAUUAAUUUAAAUUAAAUUAAAAAAGAAUCAAAGAAGAAAAAGAAAAUUAACGAACAGUGUUUUAUGUUGAAGUUUUUCCAACGUAAUUUAGUAUUUAUAUUAUUUAUUGUUAUUAUUAUAUGUUAUACAUUAUAAUGGUGUAUAAAUUAAAAAUUAUUAAGAUUCCUGAUUUAAAAGUGAUAUAAAAAAUAAUCUUAAUAAAAUAUUUAAAUUACGAAUGAUUAUAUAACAUAUAAUAAUAAUAAUAAUAGUAAUGGUAAUAUAAUAAAUUUUAACAGCAAGUUCAAAAAUAACAAUAAUUUAAAUAUUUAAUUAAUACGAAUCAUUGAAUUAAUUCGUUUAAUUUAUCUCAUGAUUGGUAAUGAAAUAAAGGAAAUGAUUGUUUAAAAAAUAAGACCAAAGCAAUGGCCAACGUGAUGUAAAUAUAUAUAACAUAUGUAUAUAUAUAUAUAUGUAUGUAUAUCAAAUAUAUAUAUGUAUAUAUAUAUAUAUAUACAUACAAACAUUUAAACUGUAGAAUAUAAUCCUUUAUAUAACAAAAAGGAAGAAUAUAAAAGAGACCGUGAAUUGUUCAGACAUAUUGCGCUUACCCCGCCCGAAGUAGACAUAGGUGAUGAUUAAACGUGAUACUAUCGAACACUUUAAUUUUAACGACCUAAAGAUAUAUAGUAUCUUCGUGACCUUUUACAAAAUACCGAAAAUAAUAUAACGAUCGUAUUAUUAUUAUUAAUAUUAUUAUAUAAAAAUAUAAGAUGAUAUGUGCGAGCAAUCCAUAAGUGUAAAGGAUAUUGUCUAAAAAGUUUAGAUUCUAAAGAAAACCGAUGUCGUUAGAGUAACAACAAUAAAUUAUUAUAUUUUUAUAUGACGACUCCAUUGCAUUUAUUUCAUUAUUUUAUUUUAUUUUAUUUUAUUUGUUUUUCUUAUUCUCUAAAGCAACAACAAAAAUUUUUGUUCUUCUAUAUAUAUAUAUAUAUGUAUGUAUAAGAUAAAAAUAUAUAUGUUGAUAUAAAUAUAAAAUAUAUUAUUACAUUAUUAUAUGAUACAGACGUAUAUAUACAAGAAAAAAAAUAAAUAUUGUCAAGUUACGAUGGAGUCGAUAUAAAAAUAUGAUAAUUAUUAAUAAAAAAAGAAAAAAGAAAAAAAAAAGAAAAAGAAAAGAAAAGAAAGAAAUAGGACACACGCGCCUAAAUUAUUUGUCGAGAGAAACGUGAUGAAUAAUCAAAACGUACAUAUGUGUGUAUAUUGCUGACACGUUAUUAGAAAAUGGUGUGUCAAUGUUCCCCAUAUCACAAUAAUUAUCAAUGUGAAUACAUGUGUAUAGAUAAUGUAUGUAUGUAUAUGCGCGUAUGCGAUAAAAUUCAGAAUGUUAGAUAAACGUACGUAUGUAUUGUCAAAGAUGAUAAACGACUAGACUAUAGUUAAAUAACAAAACCAAAAACAAAAAAAAAAGAACAAAAAAAAAAUGAAAAUACUAUGAUCGCAAUCACAACAGUAUACUCGAUCUUAUCUUCUAAAUAUUCUUAUCAAAUAACUUGCAUAUAUAUAUAUAUAUGUGCGAGUAAUGUGCACAGUUUAUGUCAACAAUUAUUAACAUCCGGUUAAAAACUCCUUCAAAAAAAAAAAAAAAAGAAAAAAAGAAAAAGAACAGAAAGAAAUACGACGACCUUCUUUUCUACUCUCUAUAUCUUUCUAUACUGAUAAUGGAAUAAAAAAAGAAAAAAAAAAUAGAAAAAAAAAUCCAAUCUAAACUAAAUCCUAAAAAAUUAAAAAAGAAAAAGAGUAAAAAUAAAAAAAAAAAAAACAAUCUUUACGCUUUCCAAACUAAUCAAUCUUUCUUUAUACAUAGAUAACAUAAUUACAUACGUAAAUAAUACAUAUUUACGAUAUCUGAUAAUAAUGCUGUGAGUUAUAUAGCUUGCACACUUCUUAUCGCAAAUAGAGUACGCCACUGAUAGAGAUUCCACCAUUAUGAAAUAAAUAUUUCAUUCGAAUAUAUCAACUAAAAGAUUCAAAAACGAUUAUCUCCAAUGUUAAAAGAAAGAAAAAGGGAGAGAGAGAGAGAGAGAAAGAGAAAGAGAAUGAGAAAAUAAAAAAAGAAAUAGAGAACAAUUUCUAAUCGUACUUUGAAAAGGUCUCGUAAAUAAAAAAUAUAAAAAAAUAAAAUAAAAUAAAUCAUUGAUCUCUAAAUCUAUAGAUUCUAUAUUUUAAUGAUGUCACUUCGAGUGUACAAAAUUUCAAUUUAAAAUUUCUUCUAGAAAGAGGAGAGAAAGAUAAAAGAAAAGAAUAAAAUAUGACGUUCAAAUGGAUUUUGAAUUAGAUAAAGAUAUUUUACGCAACGACUAUGAAAAAUUUCUUUAUUAAGCGUUUCAACGUUUCGCUAUUAAGCGUCGCAUAGACAAUCCUAACGGACGAUUAAAAAGCCUCUAUUUAUUGGAAAAUGAAAAGACUAUAUAAAAAUAUAUAAAUGUAUAUAUAUAUAUAUAUAUAUAUAUAUAUAUAUAUAUAUAUAUAUAUAUCGUGAUUAGCCUAACGCAUUGUAGAUGCGUUUUCUACUAAUUAUUCGAAUUAAUUAAAGACUAAUUAUCAACACCUGUUACUACUGUUACCGAUACUAGUAUAUUACAUACUUAUUGCUAUUAAUCUAUUCUAUUUACUAUUGAAAUUCUCUUUAACUAUAGCUUUACGCAAUUUACUGGCCAUAUAGUGAAUAUACAAGUUUUAUAUAUGUAUAUACAUGUAUUCAUAUAUAUAUAUAUAUAUAUAUAUAUAUAUAUAUAUAUAUAUGUAUGUAUUAUGCGACAAAAAUUAGAGAACGUUUAUAUCAAUUAUAUAAAAAAAUUUGCGAUCGAAUUAAGUAAAUUUUUUUUCUUUUCUUUUCUUUUCUUUUCUUCAAAAAAAUCACGUAGAAAAUAUUCACGAGAAAUUUAAAUAUGGAAUGAUAAGAAAUUGAUAAAUUAAUCUAUCAAAUGAAUUUUUUACGAAUUAAUGAAUACGUAAAUUGUUAAUCAUUUUCAAAAAAUUAUGGUAGUGUUCAGUAUUAUAUAAUCAAUUACUAUCAUUUAAGAUUACGUUAUUAAUUAUUUAGGAUUAUUAUCGACUUUCUGUAAUUUAAUACGUGGUGCCUGAAAACAGGCAAUACUUCGUACUUCGUUGAUAAUGUAGCUUAAGAGUGCCUUUUAUCAGUGAAAAAAAAAUUUGUAAGCCCCUUUAAAAAUGCUAUCCAUUCGUACAUACGUGUAACAAUAAAUUCUCAUACUUAAGUCUCUUAUUAUGUUACCUAUUGUAAAAACUUACCGACAAAUUUAUUAUUACCGACUUGUAAUACUCUAUUAGCUACAUUACCGACAAAGUAUAAAACUGCCUGUAUCGAUACGACAUACAUUUAAUAUUGAAAAGCGAAAUGCUUUGCUAAUGAAAAUUCAAAAGUUCAUUUAUCUUCAAUUUUAUAAUAUUUUCAUGUUGUUAUUUGUAAUUUUUAUAGAUUAACAAAAUUCAACUUCGCUAUUGGCCAUUUUUAACAUCUUUGAUUAAUCUCUUGAACAAAAAGGACAAAAAUUUUUCUAUUUUUUUGUCUCUCGCUUGAUAACUUAUCAAAUGAUCUAUCACUGUUUCCUUUAAUUCUUUUUUAUCACAAUUAUUAAGUCAUAAUUUCAUAAUAAACGGAAUGGCCUAGACACUUAACAAUCGAGCAUAACCACCUCAGGUUUGCACUAUUAUCUAUUACUACUACACUACUACAUUACUACUAUUACUACUACACUACUACAUUACUACUACUACUACUACUACACUACUACUACUACUGCUAUUACUACUAUAUUAUUACUCUUACUAUACUACUGCAUUUCGCCUAAACUAAAAAAGAAGAAAAAAAAAACAGAAAAAAAAUGUAAAGAGGUUAGGUAAAAUAACGAUUAAUACAUUACAUAUAAAUACAUAAACGUGUACGACUAAAACGAAUGCUGUAUUAACUUUGACAAUCGAAUCUAUUAAUCCAAAAGAGAUCUUUAAAAAUCAUACGUAUAAAUAUAUACAACACAUAAAAAGAAAAAAUAUAUAUAAUAUAAAUAAACAUAUACAUAUAUAUAUAUAUA